GUCCUUGCCACCGCGGUGCAUCAUGGUCCCGUACAGUGCUCUUGCAUGUCCCCUUGAGUGCUAGUUUCUUCCAUCACGCUAACUUGUUUUCGGACUAUAAACCUAAUAUGUUGGUUGAAGAAAGUCUAUGGUUAGUUAGCGGCAGGUAACUGACUUGUGUCACUUCUGUCUUCGUCUACUGUCACUCAUUUAAAUGGGUAAAUAACUGAGAACACAUUAAGCUGUUACUGAUACGAGUAACGUUAGCUGAGAUAACUAGCAGAACUGACAUGUAGAGUUGCUGCACACAGAAGAAAGUUACAGUAUCACUAAUAUUACAGGAGUCUACGUCAACCAAUAUUUGCUCAUCCUUGAACUAUUAUGUACUUAGUGUCCUUGUUCUACCUGCGGAUAUGGGCUGUCUCGUCUAAAAGACAAACUGUUGAAUAACUCGAGUAACCAAUAAUAAUAUACACUUUCAGCUUUUUACGCCACACCUGUAUUCCCUUCUUUAUUUGCUUAUGUAGGUUGACGCUUGUCUUCCAUUUCUCCACCACCAUUCCCUGUUGUAUAUUUUAUGAUCUCCUUGCUGCAGUAGUGGUUGUGUGGAGAUGCAACUACACAGGGUACUGCUGGCUGGCUGUUUGAACUGCACGAGGAUGUAUCUGCCAUUUAGUAGGAACUUUUAUCCAAAGCGCCUUUUCAUCUCUGUUAGUUUUUUGUCCUCAAAAAUGGGUGGGACUCGAACCCUUGUCCUUUGUACUGCUCGUACAGUACUCUACCCACUGAAGUACACUGUGCCACUUGAAAGUAGAACACUGGGAUUGUUCAGCAGGAGUUACAUUGGUGUUGGUUCAAAUGGACUCUGCAGUCAAACACAGUCUGUGUCAAGAUAUCAACCCAGGAGAUCUCAGUCUGCUGUGGGCAGAAAGGAGAACCUGCUACAAGAAGGAGGUGCAGCCUGGCCUGUGUCCCCAAUCCGCCAUAGAGUGACAGACGUUUCCAGUGCGCCUCCAGCUUUUGUAGUGAUGAAUUUUGACCAAGAGGGAAAUGUGACAUCAUUUGAUAAGAAGAAAGCGGAGCUUUGCCAGGAGCUCAGUCUGCAGGCCAGAGAUCUUCGCUUUCAGCACAGUACCAGCCUCAUACCUAGAAACAACUGCAUCAUCAUACGGAUGGGGUCUUUUAAAGCCAUUGUGACUCCACAGUCCCUUUUGGUGUUGGACUUCCGUGGUUAUGGAUUGGAACGUUGGUUGGUACUGGAGCUGGCCCCUCAGCUAGCAUCACAGUCGCACUCUCUGCCCUUCGAGUUCAGAGCACUAGAGGCCAUCCUGCAGCACAAGGUCAACACUCUACAAACUCGGCUGAAUGUGGUUGAACCAAUAAUGUUGGACACAUUGGAGUCCCUGGUGGAUCCUAAAAUCCUUUCCAUUGAUAGAAGUAAACUACAUAUACUGCUGCAGAACAGCAAGAGUUUACUUCCAGACUCUUGUACUUCUGACAGCUUAUCUGAGUUGGAGACGGACAUUAAAGUCUUUAAGGAUACCUUGCUGAAGAUUUUGGAUGAGGAUGAGAUCAUUGAAGAACUCUGUUUGACCAAGUGGACAGACCCGAGAGUUUUUGAGGAGAGCAGUUUGGGUAUUGACCACGCUGAGGAGAUGGAACUAUUAUUGGAGAAUUACUUUAUGCAGGCUGAAGAGCUGGGGAACAAGACCAGAGAGCUGAAAGGGCUGAUGGACGACUCCGAGAGUGUCGUCUUUAUCAAUCUGGACAGCCAUCGUAACGUGAUGAUGCGCCUGAAUCUGCAAUUGGCGAUGGGUUCCUUCUCUCUUUCCUUAUUCGGCCUGAUAGGGGUGGCCUUUGGAAUGAAUUUGGCGUCUUCCUUUGAAGAGGACCCUCGUGUUUUCUGGCUGGUAACCGGCUUCAUGUUCUUGGGCAGCGGGCUGAUAUGGAGACGACUGCUGUCAUUUCUGGGACGACAUCUGGAGCCUUCAGUGCCCCCUUUAAUCCCUCAGGUUUGGAAGAGAAAUAUGAAAGCAUCAGACAUCAAGACAGGAGUCAGAUGAUUUUCUUCCUCUGCUUUGUAAAAUGCCACCAACCUCCUACAGACUCUGCAGCUUUAGAGACGAUUGUUUUACCACCCCAGACCUCCUGAGAUCUCUACAGAAGUUGGACUUUUAUUUAGUAUGCAUUUACUCUGCCAUGCCUACAGCAGAGUUUGAGACUGCAUCCAAAUGUCCUGCUUCUGACACAGAAGCACACAUAACACAUUUCUUGUACUAUGUUGCGGUUAUUUCAGAUACUUGAUUUUGAUGUCUUCAUAUUUUAAUCAUAUCAUGUGUAAUGGAUAAAACACAUGGGCACUCUGUCAUCAGUGGCUUUAUAGCAGUGCCCUGUGUGAACUUGACACCAACUGGGUCGAGUGGCAGCAUUAAAAGUAAAACGGAUAACAUCCCAACUAACAUGAUAACCACGUUACAUACACUUGUAUGUUCCCUCAUUUCUUAGGUGAAAGAAUUGUGUAAAAAGGAUUUAAAUUAAUGUGAACCAAAUUUAAGAUUUAAAGUCUAUUGUCAAGGUUUAUAUAGUUUUAUUACCUCUACGCUCAGUAUGUAAGUAAAAAUUUCUCUUUGUCAAGCUGAGUGGUUAUAGUGUGCAACAGUGUAACAUCAGUUAGACAAUAAAGACUUACAGAAACA